AUGCCUCAAGGAUCAUCGCGCUCUCGGUCGACCUCUGUGGUCGAUGCCUCCACCCGUCGCAACCUCAGCGACGACGAGCGAAUUGCAGCCUACCAGCUAUUCCUGGAACAUUCCCUUAAUGGUGAACUUCUUAGAGGUGCAUUUGUGACUACGUCGAAGUUCUUUGGUUCCCACUGGAGCACCAUAUCUCGAUUGUGGUCGCGUGGACGGUUGUCCAAAGGCGGCGGUGCCGCUCUUGCCAACGUCGCCGCGCGACGCAAGGGCAAUUGUGGUGCAAAGAAAGUCCGGUCAGCGAACAACAUCAAGAUUGCCAUCAAGGCCGUACCCCACGAAGGUCGAAAAACCCUCCUCUCAACGGCAGCGAAGUCGGGCAUCCCCAAGUCUACCAUUUUGCGUCACAUUAAGAAGUCCACUGGCCUCAAAGCGGGAUCAAGUCAAGUCAAGCCACUCGUCACGGACUACCCCAAGGCGGCGCGAAUUCGGCUAGCUAUGAGCUUCCUGCAACCCCAGUUACGGAAAGACCACGUCUUCGAUGUGCACGUUGAUGAGAAGUGGUUUUGCGUAACCAAGGUCAAGAGAACACUCUAUCUCUACGACGACGAAGUGCUAGCUGAGAGGGCCGCGAAGUGCAUCACGAAGGUCGUGUUUUUGGCGGUCGUUGUCCGCCCUCGUUACGACCCCCACAAGAAGAAAAUGUUCGACGGCAAGAUUGGCAUUUGUCCGUUCGAUGAAAAAGUGGUCGCGCUGUGCACAAGCAAGAAUCGUUCGAAAGGCGUCCUCGAGCUGAAGGCCCAGAACGUAGACGUCCAAGCGCACCAGGACAUGAUCAUGAACGAGGUCGUGUCAGCGAUCCAAGGCAAGAUGCCAAGGCAUCUGUCUGUUAGGUUGCAGCAAGACAACGCAAGUCCCCCCACGUGUGUGACGACCAAGCUGAUUGCACAACUGUCAAGGGGCGGAAUUUGA